GCCGGGGCGCAGCCGGCGGCGGCAGCGGGACCGCCGCGCUCGCAGCCUCGGCCGGGGAGGCGCCGCUUUCGCACCGCUGGGGCGCUGCCGCCGGUGCCCAGGCGCGGGAGGAGUUUCCUCAUUGUUCUCCAAGACAUUCCAGCAGCUGCAGUAUCUUUUACUCCUGAUCUUUUUUUCCUGAGAAUCUCUGUGAAGACAAGUUAUGUCAACAGCUACUUUAAUUAAUUUGGUACGAAAUGGAGGGUAUCAAGUAAGAAGGAGAGCCGUGCUCACGUCCCGCCUCUUGCAAGACGAGAAGCGCCCGACAGGCGCCUGCUACAUCUCCAGCUCUGAGCGCCGUGCUUCCCGCUUCGAUCCAGAUGGGAGCGGGCGGCCGACCACAUGGGACACCUUUGGCAUCUGGGACAAUCGCAUUGAUGAGCCUAUUCUCCUCCCACCAAGCAUAAAGUAUGGGAAGCCGAUUCCUAAAGUGAGCCUGGCCAACGUGGGCUGCGCAAGCCACAUCGGGAAGCGCAAGGAGAAUGAAGACCGGUUCGAUUAUUCUCAGCUGACCGAGGAUAUCCUGUACUUUGCAGUAUAUGAUGGACAUGGUGGGGCAGCAGCAGCUGACUUCUGUGAUAAAUACAUGGAAAAAUAUAUUAAGGAAUUUCUUGCUGAGGAGGAGAACUUGGAGAAUGUUUUGAGCAAAGCUUUUAUAGAAAUAAACAAAGCCUAUGAAAGGCAUGCUAAUCUCUCUGCUGAAGCAAGUCUGCUGAACGCUGGGACCACUGCAACAGUGGCUCUGCUCCGGGAUGGCAUCGAGCUGGUGGUGGCAAGUGUGGGAGACAGUCGUGCUUUGCUGUGCCGAAAGGGAAAGGCCAUGAAACUCACCAUUGACCAUACUCCAGAAAGAAAGGAGGAGAAGGAAAGGAUUAAGAAGUGCGGUGGCUUCGUUUCCUGGAACAGUCUGGGACGACCUCAUGUGAAUGGUAGACUUGCAAUGACGCGGAGCAUAGGAGAUUUGGAUCUUAAAAACAGUGGUGUGAUAGCCCAGCCAGAAACAAAAAGGGUUCAGUUGCAUCACGCACACGACAGCUUUCUGGUCCUUACCACAGAUGGGAUUAACUUCAUAGUGAACAGCCAGGAGAUCUGCGACUUCAUAAGCCAGUGCCAUGAUCCUGCUGAAGCUGCCCACGUUGUUACUGAGCAGGCAGUGCAGUUUGGCACUGAAGAUAACUGCACGGUUAUCAUAGUGCCCUUUGGAGCUUGGGGCAAGUACAAGAACGGUGAGGUCAGCUUCUCCUUCAGCCGCAGCUUCGCUUCCAGCGGGAGGUGGGCCUGAAGACCUGCCACAGCCAUCUUUCCCUGCCAUCAUCUGGACACAGGAGAACAUAUCCAUCUGUUCAUAGGCUGACUCAGUGUCUUGUCCAUCUCUUCCGUUCCCAGUGUUUAGAAGGUGCCACUGCUCCCUUGGUGCGUAACACCCCGUUGUUGCUUACGGCUGACUGUAUUCUGCUGCCUGCCUUUAUUCCAGUCGGCACUGAGGCAGCCAUUUGGGAUUGUAGUCCCAGCAGCUCCGCACAUCACUUUGUUCACAUAGACGAGGCUCUGGGCUUUCACCUGAGGCUGGAGGGGUUGCACAGUUGUUCCAUAUCUACCUGUAUUCCCCAGGAAUAGUGACCUGGCAGCUCUGUAAGUCUGAGCCACACGCUGGCUCCCUUGUACGUUAAUACGUGGGGGAACAAACGCACAAUGUUGUUGGGUAGACAGAAGGAGGGCUUGUUGUCUUCCUCUGCUGCAGCCACCCAAAACUCCCCUGUGCUUCAGGAGAAGUGGGUGAAAAAUAAGGCAGAAGUUUCGGAAGUGUUUAGGUUCUGAUGCCGGUGGCAUUCGGUGUAGUUGUACAACUUCCUGAGACAGUGCUGGUUUGCAGGGCUUUAUGCUCUCACCAUCAUCCAUGAUCUAGCUACAAGGAGACAGACUAGGCUGGAGCCACGUGCUGUUGGACAGAUGGGAACCUUUCUCCAUUGAGUCCAAAGCCUGUACAGUCUCUGUGGACCACACAGCAGUCCCCUGCACUGUCUUCUCUUUGCUGUGUCAGUGCUUCACAGGAGCACAAAAGAGGGAAAAAGACGCACAGUUUUGAUACCCAGAGACUCUCAUCAACUUGAAUUUCUUUUCUUUUUUUUUUUAAAUAAAGAAAAGAAGCUAAUUUCAAAGAGUUUACUCUUCAAGAUUUGAUGUGUUAGACAGUUUAUUUCUUCAUAAAUACAUGAGGAUUUUCGUGCCCUCUGCUGAAGUUGUCUGAGUAAGCUGUGAUCUCCCUUGUCUCUUUAUGGUAUACAGGGAGAUGUAAAAUGUCCCAAGCAGGCUAGAGAAAGGAGAGAGCGUAACUUAAGGUAAUUUUUGUAAGUUUUGGGUAUUGUUUCUAGGAGGUGUCAGAUAUUCAGACACCACAAGAUAGUUUUAUACUUGAAGGAAGUGUUUCCACUUGUCUUGUUGUGUCCAGUGAGGCAUGGGGGGACCAGAGCUCUGAGCCAGCUCAUUUUGCUGCUGUGACAUGGACUGCGGGUGACAUGUUGGCAGCAGGUGAAGAUCUGUCCCUGCAUGUCUUGUUGUCUUGUUCAGACCACCUCCUUCCUCCUUUUCACAUCAGGUGUGCAGCUCUUGUGGCCUCUGGGUCACCCUGUUGCAAUGAAAUAUGGGCAGAGAAAAACUGGUCUUUUCUCAGGCUUGCUGCAGUAUUUCUCAUUCUACGGAUGUUUCCAACUGCACAACUGUAAAAUCAAAAGAGGCAAAAGAUACUAAGUCACCUUGCAAAAAAAAUUUCUGAGGCGCCUGCCCUGAUCUUCAUUUUCCAAUGUGAAGCACUUAUCUGCAUUACUUUUAUCCCUUUCCUUUUAGUCCAGGGUUACUUAGUCACAUAGGCAGUUAUUCCACACAUUUUUCCUUGCCUCUGGUUGAAGACCUUGCAGCACCCAGCAGAGCACCGUGUUGUACUGACAUCAUUAGGUACUCGGUGUUUGGAGUGUGCUGGUUUUGUCCCAUCACUUGGUGUGUUACAUGGUGUGUAUAAUGUAUAUAUGCAGUUUAUAAGCACAGACAGCUUGUGAGCCUGUGUGUAUAAAUCUCUGCUGUACGGUG